UGAACCUAAGAGCUCUUUCUCUUUUUCCUUUUCUUUUUCUCUUUAGUUCUCAUUUUUGCUUUCUUAUCUUCUUCAGAUUCCUUCCUUCAUCACAGGCAAUCAAAAUACCCUUUUCUUUCUGAAGAAAAGAACACAAAAAAUCAGGGUUUUAUUGAGAAUUGAAUCUUCUUUAAUCCCAGCACUUUUAAAACUUCUUUACUUUAAAACAACUAUAGUAACAACUUGCUAAUAUUAUAGGUUUCAGCUUUGUGUUGAACUUGAGUAUAUGAGAGUUUGUUUCAUAGAAACAUUUUCUGGGGUUUGAGUUUUGAAGUCAUUUAUUCACUACCCAAUUUGGGUCUUCUUGAAUAUAGUAAGAAUGAAAGGGGAUAGAAUGGCAAAAAGAUCCUCUUUUGGAAGCAUAGUGAGAAAGAGGCUAUCAGAUAUAACAAAUUCUCUUCCACAAGCACAACAUAAAUCGCCUAUUGAUGUCGAUAAGUUUUCGCCUGAUGUUUCUUCAAUGACGGACUACAUUAAUCAUCUCGCCAAAGAAAAUGUGGCGUUGGUGAAACUUGUUCAAGACAAAAACAAGAUUAUAGAGUUGAGUGGGAUUGAGAUACAGAAAAUGAGGAUUCAUCUUCAGAAAAUGCAGCUACAGAACUGGAAUCUUGCUCAAUCAAAUAGUCAUAUGUUAGCGGAACUCAAUUUGAACAGGGAAAAGAUGAAAUCACUACAACAUGAGCUUGUUUGCAAAGAAGCAUUACUUAAAUCGAGGAAUUUAGAAGAGGAACAAGAACAAAGGAACCAGUUAAAGAAUAGCUUGCAGGAUGAAGAAGAGUUCAUGGCUGUAGACUCUCAAUUGAACAAACAUAGCAAGCCUAAAAAUGGUAACAGACGCCAACGUGCAACAAGAAGUCAAUCUAUGGGACAUACAACAAGCUCUCAACAAGGUGCAGAGAAAGAAGCAGCAGAAAACAAAAGGCGAUGUUUGAGAAGAAAAUCGACUAAUAAUUCUAAAAUCCAACAAUCAGAACCAGCAGCAGAGGAUUUGUUCGAAUUAGAAGGCCUAGCUGUACCCUUUAACAGUCCAGUUCACGAAGACGAUCUACCAUUGCCUUACUCUAGCAUUGAAGAAGUGAUGAAAGAUGAGAAGGAUUCCUCAGAAAAUGUAGCUCAACUUUCGCGGAGGGCUUCUGUUGGAAGACCAUCGCGUAAGGCAGCUGAGAAAGUUCAGUCCUACAAAGAGAUUCCAGUUAACAUUAAAAUGAGAAGAUGAGCUUUUUAUAGAGCUUUUGAAUAUCAUAACUCCACAUAUGUAAGCUGUGUUUUAUUCUAUGUUAAUCUGUUUUAUGACACUAUUGUAAAAUCUUGUAACUUGGGAAAAUUAGUUAAAUCUUGUAACUUGGGAAAAUAUGGUUAGUUGUUUUAAGAAAAGGAGCACUUUCCUUCCUUC